AGCUCAGGAUCGUGAUGGUGGGGAAGACCGGAGUCGUCCGGUGCGUGUCCUAUGCUGCUCCUGGACCCCAUGUCUUCCUGGUCGUCAUCCAACUGGGCAGACACACAGAGGAAGGAAAGAAUACAGUGCUGAAGAUUCAGAAAAUGUUCGGAGAGAAAGCAGACAAAUACAGCAUGGUGCUGUUUACCCACGGGGACCUGCUCAAAGGGAAACCUAUUGAGGAGUUCUUGAAGGACAGCAAAGACCUGAAGGAACUUGUGGAUAAAUGUAACGGCAACUACCACGUCUUCAAUAACGAGGCGAAGGAUCAGGCGCAGGUCGGCGAGCUGCUCGACAAGAUCAGAGACAUAAUGCGGGAGAACGGAGGAAGCCAUUACAGCACUGAAAUGUUCAAGAUGGCAGAGAAGGCGGCUGAAGAGGAAAAACAACGAGUCCUUAAAGGGAAACAAGAGCAAAUGCGCAACAAGCUGGAGAGACUUGAGAAGAAAAUAAGGGACACAGAAAAAGGACAAGAGGCACCUCCAGUCUCUCUCCUUUGGUGCCCUCACCUGCAGAUCUCUUCUUUUUCCGGGUGCCUAGCCCCCAGAAUCUCUCUCCUGGGCGCCUUUCCUUUUAGGUUCCACUUAUGCCAACAUUACAGAGCCCUGAUGGUCGGAGGGUGUAUUGUAUUUUCUUUCAAUCAUCAGAAUAGGCAAAUGUGCAGAUCCAAGUUCAUAAAAUAUCAUAUAAUUGCAAAUGCAAUAAACUAUUCAGAUUUCAUGAAGACGCAACAAUACAUUUGAUGCAUCGUGUCCAUGAUGAAUGUUUAUGAUAAAUUAUAGACAUGAGCGUCAUGGAAAGUGCUACCAAUUAGGGUUUUGACAUUUUAGUUUAGUUACUUAUACCUUACUUUGUUCUCAUGUAAUUAUGUUGUUUAUAUAACUUGUGAAUGGGGACAGUGGUUAAAAAUAGGAGAAGAUAUGUUGUGAAUUCUGCCCUCGAUGGACUGGCGGCCUGUCCAGGGUGUCC